GUAAACCCUCUCUGUCAUUACCAAUCGAUGCUCACCGAUAUUCUCAAUCAUCCUGGUGCCUGCUAUAAUCCUUGAUCUAAAUUCACAUACGAUGCAGAGAAACUUCCUCAGCCUUUUUGUGUUCCUUCUUCUUGGUUUCUCACAUGUUCUCUAUGUCUCUGCUGUCCCUGCAACAAGAACAAGUGCUUUGAGUGGAGAAGAUGCAUCAGUUAUGCCUUAUUUUGCUCAGCUACUGGAACAUAGUGAGGAGAUGCACUUAGAUAUGGAAGAAGGAGGAUUCAUGGCGAGGAGACUUGGUUUGGAAACUCAUGACUACGGAGGGACAGGGGAAAAUCAUGAUCAUGACCCAAACACUGGUUGAAGUCUAAGAUAUACUGAAAUGUGCUAUUAGUCACAUUUAAAACUGUAGAUGAAGUUAAAUGUGCUAUUUUCUCUAUCAAUCGAGUAUUGCAAGGUGCUGUUUGCUUGUUCGCAGCUUUGGUGUUCUAUAUGUAACUUGAAUUGUUAUACAUAUAAUAAGUCACUGAAAAAAGUUUAGUGAUAUUUGUAAGUUUAAUGAUUGUUAGAAAUACAAUCAUUGACGUCUUUUACCAAAGUUAAACCUUUCAGGAUAAUUGAUUCAUGACAUGACAUUAGAGUUUAUGUGUCUAA